AUGGCAGCACGGGCGCAGUCGCUGGGCUUUAAGGACCUCCAGCUGAAGCUGCUGCUGGCGGAGGCUGCCCUGCCCACCCCCUUCUCCAUGAUGAUGGGCGCUGGUGCUGGGGAGGAGGGGGAGGGGGUGGGUGGGGAGAGUGGGGGAGCUGAGGCCUCAUUGGGUGACUUUGUAGACGCGUGCAUGGCAGCACGGGCGCAGUCGCUGGGCUUUAAGGACCUCCAGCUGAAGCUGCUGCUGGCGGAGGCUGCCCUGCCCGCCCCCUUCUCCAUGAUGAUGAGCGCUGCUGGCGCUGGGGAGGAGGGGGAGGAGGGGGAAGCGGAGGAGGGAAGUUGGGGGGAGAGCGGGGGGGGAUUGGGGGAGAGAAAACGAGAAGGAAAGGAGGUGGAGGGUGAGGAGGAGAGGGAGGAGGGGAGACGAGGAGGAAGAGUGGAGGGGGUGGAAGGAGGGGCUGCAGGGAGUGGAGAUGGGAAGGGGGGUGGAAGGGGAGAGGAGGGAGAUGAGGAGGGGGUGAGAGAGGUAGGAGAGGAGGAAAGGGUGGAGGGGGAUUUGGAUAGUGACGAUGAGAGAAGGAGCAGCGCUCUUAAAGCCCUUCGAGGGCCCUUUCUGGCUGAGGUUGCCCCGCUUAUGCUUGCUUCCUUCCUUGUCCCUCCUCAUUUCUUCCCCUCCAACCAUACAAUCUUCAUUCUGGUCAUCCACAGAAGGUAUGAGUGCACUCUUUCACUCUCUCUUGAGUCGACUCAAAAGUCAUCCACAGAAGGAGGUGCGGGUUCGAACGCUGUGGACAACAUAAGGAGUGGAGAGGGGUACGAGGGAGUUGUGUCAGCAGACGGUUCUCAGCCGCCUGACCCUACCGAUGGGUUUGUGCAGCAGGUGGGUGUGGCGCGAGGGAACGUCAAGGCAGCAUUUGACCAAGGCAGGGACUACAACUUCGUACGGAUGGAGCAGGUACUAUCCGGCCAGGUGCUAUCUGGUCAGGAGGCCCAGGCAACACCAGUGCCGCCCUCCAUAGCCACCCUGCAGCAGAUCCAGCUGCUGAUUCUGUUGGCACUUUCCAAAGGCAUGGCUGCUACUGCAUAG